GCAGUUCCAAAGGCCGCGGCUUCUGGCCCUUCGGAUCGGGCGCGCCCGCGGACGCCACCAAUGGGGAGCGGCAGCAGAGCUUGGCCCGCUACCGUGCCGCACGCCUGGGCGCCACCCCCUUCGUCUUCAGCCGCAGGAGUUGUCUUCACGAGGAGAUGAAGUCAAUAAAGUAGGCUAUACAAAAAACUAAGUCCAUGGAUCCAAGUUUUCUUCCCUCCUGAAGGCGCUGACUCUUGAUGGGCACGGUUCUAUGAGUGCUGGCAACCAUCAUCAAAGUGGCCAUUCUUCAUGUGUGAGCCUAGACAGUGAGUGUUCCAGGCUGUUUAACUGCGGAGGGUAUAACAGCUCAAUGUACUAUGAUGAAGAUGGCGAUUUGGCACAUGAAUUCUAUGAAGAAACCUUUGUCACAAAAAAUGGAAGGAAAAAAGCAAAACUGAAAAGAAUUCAUAAAAAUUUAAUACCUCAGGGGAUGGUUAAACUGGACCAUCCGCGAAUCCAUGUGGAUUUCCCAGUGGUUUUAUGUGAGGUGUGACCGGAAUGGAAGUUUCUGUCAGAGUAAAACUGGACUAUAGGAGUUUGCCAGAUGCUGAACCCUUGAUGGUCCUUUAUUUUGGCGAUGGAGACUGGCCUGAUGAGUGUGUGGCACCUGUUUAAUUUCUGUAGUUUUUAAUGCUAGGAGCCAAACACUCAAAAUGUUCUCUCUGUAUGAUUGUCUGUAGAGUGAUCUGUUAAAUUGAAUCCAUUUAUAAGAACACACAGUACAGAUGUACACGAGAAUACCUGCUAUUUCAAGUAAUUGUGUUAGAUUACUGUGACAUAUGUUAAAAACCAAUGUAAAUAGUAGCUUUAAUUUAAUGCAGUCACCAGGGGUGUUUAAACAUUUGAGUUCUGUAUAUAGUGCUGGACAAUGUUCAGCAGUAAAUAUAAUGGCAUAUCUAUGAAAAUUGAUAUAGUUGUUAAGUUUUGUUAUUUAUGAAUGACUAUUUUGUUUGUUAAUUUUCUCAUACUAUAUAAUAAAAAAAAUCCAGUGAA